UGACGCCGAGCGAGGCUGCAAUCGCAACAGCUUGAUUUGUAUCAUAAGGAAUACAGAUGCGCAAAAGGGAGAAGAAGAAGAAUCGAUAGCUCCGGUCACCGUGUUUAUUCUUUUUAUAGCAGCGGUUAAUAGAAACAGCAAAUACACAAAUGCAUUUUAUGGCGGAAUAUUGAACAGUUGUUUCAGGCUGUUUAGACACCAGUUUUUUUUUCGUUUUUGCUUGCUUUCGUUAUCUUAUUGUAUUGGUAUACACGUAUUUAUCACCAUAUUUUACAGAUAUAUAUUACUCAAAAAGUUUGUCUGCUAAUUUACCAUGGAAAAGUAAGGUGAUGUUUACUUGUAUUCAUAUAUUGGUAAACAAUAGACUAAUCUUUUUGCUGUCAUAUAUGGUUUCUUGACGGAAUUAGGUUACGCAUAGUCGUUCUGAAGAGGGGUCACUGUUUACAGGCGACGUAACACUGUGUCCGUCUACUAUAAAGUUGUAGGCUAUAUUUCAAAUGUAUGUAAUAAAAGAGUGAUUUACAAAACAAGAAUUGCCAAUGUAGAAAGACUUCAGUAUUUGGGACACAAAUCUAAAGACUGCGUCUGGAAUAAAGAUAGAUUUUAGGUCAUCCAGUUGCAGAAAUCAUAUUCUUCGUUUCAUAGAUUUAAUCUAAUACAAAGCCUAUAUGUAUAUGUUUGUACCGAAAUGGUAUCUCUCCGUAAAAUCCGACUUUUCAUUCUCGUGUUUUUCUUAAUUGUGUGCACUAUGCACAUUGUAAUGAACUUGUUAUUUACACUGGAGAAGCAGACAGCUGGACUGACUUCGGGCGACACCGGCUGCUCAUGCUCCCACAAACCCAUGGAAGACACUCCGAGCCGGGCAGAAUCGCGAGGCAGGUCGGCCGUAGAGUCGGGCCGCACGGACACGAAUUUCAUUCAUCUCAGUAACAAUCCCAGCUCAAAUUGCACAUCACUUUCCGUGAAAAACAUAGUCGGGCAACCGGAGCAGUACGCGCAUGAAGGCGAGCACAAGUCUCCCAUUAAAGGCACCAGUAAGCACGUGCCUGUUGACGGUUUCCGGCGCCUAGCGGCUCUUUUUGACCAUCCUUUGUAUAAGAAAAUGCUGCCGAUUCUGGCAGAAGAAGACACCUUGUUUAGCGUCAACAGUGCUACGACAUUUUACUCACACGCUCACGGGAAUCAGAAAUGGGCCCGCGAGGGUGAUGAAGAGGAAGACCUCUUUCCUGUGGGAAUGUCUACCAUCAACUCGUAUCCAAGCUGGGUCCGAUUCCACCUUGGCAUCAACCGUUAUGAACUGUAUGACAGGCGCAGCUCUGCUGUCGACGACCUGCUUGGAGACCUGGUGAUGCAGAGGAUUGGCAAUGUGGCAAUUAAGCCGGGUGGGACGCAGCUUAAGCUGAUCAUGAGAUUCCAGAACUAUGGACAAGCACUUUUCAAACCUAUGAAGCAAGCCAGAGACCAGGAGACGCCAUCGGACGUCUUCUACUUCUCAGACUUUGAGAGGCACAACGCUGAGAUUGCAGCCUUUCACCUGGAUAGGAUCUUGGGCUUCCGCAGAGUCCCUCCUGCGGCUGGACGGCUUGUCAAUAUCACAAAGGAAAUCCGAGAUGUUACCCGUGACAAGAAACUCUGGAGGACCUUCUUCAUAUCACCAGCCAACAACACCUGUUUCUAUGGAGAAUGCACCUACUACUGCUCCAUGGAGCACGCUCUGUGCGGGACGCCGGACCACAUGGAGGGAUCGCUGUCGGCCUUCCUGCCGGACCUGGUCCUGGCCAAGCGCAGGACCUGGAGGAGCCCGUGGCGCCGCUCCUACCAUAAGCGCAAGAAAGCAGAGUGGGAGAUCAAUCCGAAUUACUGUGACAAGGUGAAACGGAUGCCCCCUUACGAUGGUCCGCGCCUCCUAGAUGUUAUGGACAUGACCAUUUUUGACUUCCUGAUGGGUAACAUGGACCGUCAUCACUAUGAAACCUUGGAGAAAUUUGGGAAUGACACUUUUAUCCUCCAUCUGGAUAACGGAAGAGGAUUUGGAAGGCAUUCCCACGACGAAGUCUCGAUUCUGGCACCUUUAAGUCAGUGCUGCAGGGUGAGGCGCUCCACCUUCCUGCGCCUUCAGCUGCUGGCCAAGGAGGAGCACCAGCUGAGCGUCGUGAUGACGGAGUCCCUGCGGAAGGACCGCCUGGCGCCCGUGCUCAUCCAGCCGCACCUGGAGGCCUUGGACCGCAGGCUCCAGCACGUGCUGCGGGUGCUGGAGGACUGUGUCGGGAAGAUGGGCUACACCCUCGUGGUGGAGGAUGACAUGGGGGAGAGGCGCGCUCGCCGAAACAGCUGAGGCCGGUAGCGCCACCUGGUGGCUCAUCCCUCCACAGCACAUGUGCACAUUUUUAUUUACAUCCCCUUGGAAUUCAGUGAGUUCCAAGUUUUCUUUAUGCAUAUCUAGAUAUUUUUACUCCAAAGGUUACCACUUUCAAUCUGAUAAAAUAUGGGACACCAGCCUCAGCCAAACAACAAAAUUUGCUUUGUCUGGUGGGGAGAGGAUUAUCCAUGUCCCUACGCGACCCCCACCAAUGUGUCCUACUUAUUGUACGGCUCUUAUGGAUAUACAUAAAACAGGUGGCGUGUCUAGUUAGAAUAAGUGUAUUCUAGCACAUUUUAAUCAUUCCUUUGUGUAUUUUGCUAGUUUUAUUUGUAUGAAUUUAUUCGGUUAAAGCUUUAAAUGGAGUUAAAGCUUUAAAUGGAGUGAUGGUUUACUUUAAGAACUUUUGUUAUAUUUGUACACUGCCUGACCAAAGAAAAAAGUGACACACUUUAAUAUUUUGCUGUGCCGCCUUUAUCUUUGAUAAUGGUACAUAUUUGUCCAUGCAUUGUUUCUGUCUGCUUAUGCAACAUCUCAAAUCUUUUUUCACCCUGAUUUGCAUUCAUUCCUUGUCGAGAUUUUCUACUGAUGAUAAGUGAGUGGAACCACUCUGUAAAAUCUUCUUCUGCACAUCUCGGUGACUUUCAGUGGGGUUAGGGUCAGUGUAAAUCCAUUUGCCAAAUGUUAGCUGAGAAAGUUGUAGUGGACAUAUACAAAACUGAUCUAAAUUAUAUGUCUCUAAAUUUCAUAGGCAGUAAAGUUAACAUGAACCAUAUCUGUAUGCACCAAAUGUUUAUGUACAGAAAUACUGUUUCUAUGACAUUCUGAU